AUGGUUCAUGCGUGGUCGCAGGCAAUACCAAGGUGCUGUCGCUCGGAAUCAACUGCCGGUUCACGCAUUGGAUCCACUUUGUCAGGACCAAUGCUAUGGCUGGAAGCUUACAACAAGUUCCUGAUUCGUUGUCUUCUCAGUGCAAACGCAAGGUAUCUGGCGCCUUGUUCUGCCGAGACAGCGAUCAAAUAUGGCUUAUCGUGUGCAGCUGCAUUGGACCACAUCGCUCGUCCAUGGGAAAUGUCUUCACAAAAGACAGUUAGGCAGUACAACGGCCACCACAAGGGUGAUAAUUGUCAUUGUCGCAUCAACCAAGCUGUUCACACCUCUCAAGAGCAGCGGCAUGUGACGCACUACACAGUUGGCGGUUGA